AUGUCUUUUUCAGACUUUGAAUCGGGAAGAACAAGGACGCCACCCCCAAACACAACAAGAUUUAGUAUUUAUGUAAAACUAAAUGAUGUACACUUGCCACCUUUUUCAAUUGACGAUUUGAAUCUACAAGAUUACCUUCGUUUAAAACGCAAAACGAAUAAUGAUUCUUUUUCUGAACCAUUGAAAGCAUUGAGUCCAUCUACUUCUACUCAUACUUCUAUUGGAAUGAUUUCUCAUGGUGAUGAUUUCAAUUAUGAGUCAGUUGUCAAUCAAAAUGAUGUAGCUAGUGUCAAUCAAAAUGAUGUAGCUAGUGUUAGCAAUGACUCCCAAACCAAAAACAAAACAAACGAAAAAGUUGAAAAACACAAAAGUGGAAUUUGGAAUCACGCGACAAAAGUCAAGGAUAAAGACGGAGAGUACUUGAAAUGCUCAUAUUGUUUUAAAAAAUUCAAAGACUGUGGCAAUACGUCUAACAUGAUUAAACAUCUGACUAACGUGCAUCCACUCCUCUACAAUCCCACACAAGGUAAAUCACCAAAGAAUGUUGUGUCAACUGGAACAUCAAAUUCAUUAAAAAGAAAAGCUACCACUACUAUGGUUAAUUCAGUACAAUCUAGUGAGAAACGUUGUACUUCAUUCACACCUAAUAUCUCCACUGCUUUCAAAAAGAUCGAGUCAUUUCAAGGGGGAAAGAAGGCUGAAGAUUUGACAAAUGCCGUUUUGUUCAUGAUUUGCAAAGGUAUGCGUCCCAUUUCCAUAGUAGAAUGUGAAGGGUUUCGAUACUUAAUGAGAACGGUAGCACCCUUGUACAAAGUUCCUUCGGCAAAAACCAUAACUAGGAGAUUGGAAGCUCGAUAUGCAGUAUUACACAAAGCAAUGGUAGAUAAGCUCAAAGAAAUAACAUCGUAUUCUUUGACAGCUGACAUUUGGACUGAUCAAUCAACGAAAAGUUACUUGGGAGUAACCAUUCACUAUUUUGACGUUACACAAAAUGAUAGUGAAAUGCAAUCUUUUCGUCUAGGAUGUGUACCUUUGCAUGAACCUCUUAUUACUGACGGGGGCGCAAAUAUUUCGAAAGCAGCUGAAGAUCUUGUUGGCAAGGAUAAACAUAUUAUUUGUUUAGUUCACAGGGCUGCUCACAUUUUACCUGACUCAAUAGACAGUGAGAAACAAUUAGAUGAAAUAAUUUGCAAGUUGAAAACUAUUAUAACAAGUAUUAGGAAAUGCGGUCCUGCUUCUGACGAGCUGAUAAAAGGACAACAAGAAGAUAUUGACCGUCAUAAACAAAGAUCAACAGAGGCAUCGGGUGAUCAAGAAGCAAUUCAUAUCAAUGAAACUCCACUAAAAAUAAUCCAAGACAUGGAUACAAGAUUUACGUCAACAGUUGACAUGAUAGAGAGAUAUCUCCUAUUAGAGAAUUACAUGUAUAAUGCUUUGAAACAAGUGAAAAAUGGUAGGGAUCCAUUAAAUAGAAGGGAAGUUGAGGUGCUUAGCGAUGUUCUCAAUAUUAUGAUACCUAUACGACAGAUAAUUACGGAUUUAAGUACUGAAAAGCACGCUACCUGUAAUUUAGCUAUUCCUAUGGUCAAUUGCAUGGUGCAUGUGCUUGAAGAAUAUCAGCCAUCUACAGCAAUCGGUAAGAGUUUCAAGGAUAUAGUAUUGAUGAACGUCCAGAAAAGACUGUCUUACUUAGAGUCGACUCCUAUGUUGGCUGCAGCCACUAUUUUGGAUCCGAGGUUUAAAAAACUCCACUUUCAAAAAAUACAAUGUGCCUCUAGGACCUUAACUAAAAUUAAUAAGUUAUUGCAAGAAACUGUAUCCUCUAACAAUGGAGCAUCAAUGAAAGCUGUUAGUUCACGUGCUGAACCCUUAACUUCCUCAAGUAACAUAAAAAAUAUUUGGAGUUAUCACACAUCUUUAAUUAACAGUCAACAACAGAAGCAGCAAGACGCACAUUUUCAUAGGCAGGAUAUACAAAAAUAUCACUGGGAACUUGAACAUUAUAUGCAUGCACCUUUAGCCGACAAUAAGGAAAAUAUUUUAAUUUAUUGGAAAAAGAACAGCGCAGCAUAUCCAGAGUUAAGCAAAAUUGCUUUACAAAAAGUGACGAUACUCGCUACAUCUAUACCCUGCGAAAGAUUAUUUUCAUUAGCUGGAAAUAUUAAAAAUGACUUACGAAACCGAUUAACUGGUAUGCACUUAAAUAUGUUAACUUUUUUGAGUUCGUUUGGCGUAGCUGAUUGGUAG